AAAAAAAAAAAAAAAAUCCCGCUCAUUUUCGUGGCAAAGAGUGGGAGCCACGGCGCAUAUGAGGAUUAGAGAGCGUUGCCUCUACGCCGUUUUGUGCAGAGCGAACGUUCCUAAUGAAACGUCUGAAACUUCCAGAAAAAACAAAACAAAAACCAGCACUCGCUAGCUCACACCUGUUGUAAGCUGCUGGGCUCCUCGGGGUUCGCCACUCCGAGCCCGUUUCCAGAUGGCUUUUGGAGAGACUAUAGAUUCCGGAGCCCGAGAAACUGUUCUCAUCAGGGAGAAGUGGCCUUAAUCCUUUAAGAAGAUUUUACUUUUAUAGAGUAUUUCAUGACCGCAUAGAAUUGUUGCUUUCUGCACAGACCUUCGUGGGGCAAGUGUUGGUGAUCCUUGUCUUUGUACUAAGCAUCGGCUCUCUUAUAAUCUAUUUCAUCAAUUCAACAGACCUCACUGGAAUGUGUUCUACAUCUGAAGACAGAACCCUCACUGUUGAUUUGAGUUUCAAUGCUUUCUUCAGUUUCUAUUUUGGGUUGAGGUUUUGGGCAGCUGAUGACAAGAUCAAGUUCUGGUUGGAGAUGAAUUCAAUUGUAGACAUUUUUACCGUACCACCAACCUUCAUUUCUUAUUAUUUAAAGAGUAAUUGGCUAGGUUUCAGAUUUCUAAGAGCUCUGCGGCUGCUCGAACUCCCGAAAAUCUUACAGAUCCUCCAUGUCAUCAAGUCCAGUAAUUCAGUGAAGCUUUCCAAACUCAUGUCAAUAGUUCUCAGUACCUGGUUCACAGCUGCAGGAUUCCUUCACCUGGGCAGAAGCAACUAUUGUUGUCCCAGAAUUCUACAGGAGACGCCACUCAGACAUCCUGUACCUUUGCUUCCAGUGAGAUGGUCUCAGGCUCAAUGUGGCCUAAAGGUGGAAAAUUCUGGUGACCCCUGGCUCAAGGGUAGAAAUUCACAGUCUAUGUCCUACUUCGAGUCCAUUUAUCUGGUGACGGCAACCAUGUCAACUGUUGGCUUUGGGGAUGUGGUGGCCAAGACCUCCCUAGGACGGACUUUCAUCGUUUUCUUCACCCUCGGAAGUUUGAUACUGUUUGCGAACUACAUCCCGGAAAUGGUGGAGCUCUUUACCAACAGGAGGAAAUACACCAAGCCCUAUGAAGCCAUUAAAGGAAAGAAGUUCAUCGUGGUCUGUGGAAACAUCACGAUUGACAGUGUAACUGCCUUUCUGAGGAAUUUCCUCCGCCAUAGGUCGGGAGAAAUCAACACUGAGAUUGUGUUCCUUGGAGAGGAGCCUCCGUCCUUGGAACUGGAGACCUUAUUCAAGUGCAAUUUGUCCUUCACGACAUUCGUAUGUGGCUCCGCACUGAAGUUCGAGGAUCUGAAGCGAGUUUCAGUGGAGUCUGCAGAAGCCUGCCUGAUUCUAGCCAACUCUCUGUGCAGCGACUUGCAUGCCGAAGACAUUUCAAACAUCAUGAGGGUGCUUUCUAUCAAGAACUACAAUUCACAUACCAGAGUCAUCAUUCAGAUCCUGCAGUCCCACAACAAGGCUUUCCUGUCAAAAAUCCCCACCUGGAACUGCAGUGCCGGAGACAAUAUCAUCUGCUUCGCAGAACUCAAGCUUGGAUUUAUCGCCCAAGGCUGCUUGGUGCCAGGCCUGUGCACCUUUCUUACGACUCUGUUUAUUGAACAGAACCAAAAGGUUUUUCCUAAACAUUCCUGGCAAAAAUAUUUCUUGAAUAGCUUGAAGAACAAAAUUCUGACCCAGCGCCUCUCGGAUGCCUUCACCGGGAUGACAUUUCCUGAGGUCUGCCGGCUUUGCUUCGUGAAGCUGCAUCUCAUGCUGAUAGCCAUCCAGCACAAGUCCGGCUUCCACAAUUGUCGUAGUCUUAUACUAAAUCCCCCGGCACAGGUGAAGCUGGAUAAGGACACCCUUGGGUUCUUUAUUGCCGAAUCCUCACAAGCUGUCAAAAGGGCCUUCUUCUACUGUUCCCACUGUCACAAAGAUGUACACAAUCCUGAGCUCAUUGAAAAAUGUGGCUGCAAAACCGGGAGCCGGGAAGAACUCACAGGGCCAGCCAUGGUGGUGGUGAAGAGCAGCACCUCCUGCAUUUCAGAAUGUCAGGAUUCUGCAAGAGAACAGGAGAGCUCGCUCUCCAUCGCAAGCCUUAAGAACCGGGGCGUCAUGGUAAGCGACACACCGGAGGACUCUGACCAGCUGGACAGCAGUGGCAUGUUUCACUGGUGCAGGUCAACGCCCUUGGACAAGGUGGUUCUGAAACGAACUGACAAGUCGAAACAUGAGUUUCGGGACCACAUUGUAGCGUGCGUGUUUGGGGAUGCCCACUCAGCCCUGGUGGGGCUUCGGAACUUCGUGAUGCCCCUGAGAGCCAGCAACUACACCCGGCAGGAGCUGAAGGACAUUGUAUUUAUCGGGCCUCUGGAAUACUUCCACAGGGAAUGGCGAUUUCUCCGGAACUUUCCCCAGAUAUACAUUAUGCCUGGAUCCGCACUCUACACUGGAGAUCUGCAUGCUGUCAACAUAGAGCAAUGCUCCAUGUGUGCUGUCUUAGCCGCCCCAUCCAAGCCACUGAGCAGCCAGAUUCUGGUGGACACCGAGAACAUCAUGGCCACCCUCAACAUCCAAUCCCUGCGGGUCAGCAGCCCUACCCAGAGGCCUUCAGAGCCAGAAGCCAAGGCUGUACCCACCUUUAGUAAACAUGAUGGGAAAAGAAGGUACCAGCAGAUCCCCAUUCUCACUGAACUGAAGAAUCCCUCCAACAUCCACUUCAUUGAGCAGAUCGGAGGACUGGACGGGGCGCUCAAAGGGGCUAGCCUGCACCUCAGCACUUCCUUCUCCACGGGCACUGUCUUCUCAGGCAACUUCUUGGAUUCGCUUCUGGCCACGGCCUUCUACAACUAUCAUGUCCUGGAAUUACUUCAGAUGCUGGUGACGGGAGGUAUCAGCUCUCAGAUGGAACAGUAUCUGGUUAAGGAGAAGCACUAUGGUUUCCAUGAAAGCUGUGCCACAAUCCUCUCUGGGAGGGCACGGUGUAAGCUGGGGCUUCUCUCUUUAGACAAAACCAUUCUCUCAGACAUUAAGCCAAGAAAAACCUUUGGACAGCUGUUCUGUGGCUCAUUAGAUAAUUAUGGGAUCCUAUGUGUUGGCUUAUACCGUGUGAUGGAUGACGGCGAACACAGCCUCGAAAACAAAAGGUUUGUGAUCACCAGGCCAUCUAAUGAGUUUCACCUGCUGCCCUCGGAUCUCGUGUUCUGUGCCAUCCCGUUUAGCACCACCUGUUACAAAACAGAAGAGAUUCCUUACAAACUGGAAAAUGUCCCUUCAGCCCAGACUCUCGAUGACAUUACAAAUGUCAUGGCCAUGGCCCCCGAGAGCCCGGAACAGCUCCCCAAAGUCAGCCCAGUGGCAGAGAAGACGUCUCAGCACCUCAGCUCCCGAGUCUACCCUUCAUAACCGUUUGCUUCUAGGUGGUCAAGAAAAGUUAAGAACGGAAGUAUGCUGUGGUUGUGCCCGUGGCUCAGUGGCUGACACGCUGGCAAGCCCACGCUGCUGUGGGAGGGACCUUCUUGUCCCACUGGAUCCGAUGUGAUGAAUAAAGAUGAACGUGAUAGAUGGUAUUAAAGGA